UUUCGGCACAUCAUUGGCGCCAACGUCACUUCCGUAGUUCGGUCGCAAAACAGUAACAGCUCUAUACUCAAGUCAUAAUCCAGUCUCGGUGACUGCCAGGGAGAUCUUUAACUGCAAAUCUCUACAGCGGGGCAGUUUGCAUGUACUUGUAUGGAAAUGGAUCUCCCUUGUCCGGAAUGGAUAAGACAUGUUGAACAGAAAUGGACCCGACUCGAAUCUCCGACAAGAGGCCGACUUUCGGUCUUCACUGAUAUAGACGACCUUUUCCACUUUGGAGAGUCACAACUACAGCCAGAAGAUCUUGAAGCUUUGUCCAGGAUAUCUGAGAAGAAUCCUGUAAAGAAAUCUUCUGAAUGUGCAGCCAGAUUCAGGGAGCAAGGGAAUGUGAGCUUUAAAGAGAAGGACUACACUUCUGCUGGCCUAUAUUACACUCAGGUGCAGAACAACGUGAAGGCAAGGAAGACUACCCCUCCAAGUGGCCAGGUGCUCUGUCUAACCACAGCUGAAGGUGUGUGUCAUGCUGAAAAGAAUACAGAAGAACUGUCUUUAUGCUAUGCCAAUCGUUCAGCUGCUUUGUUUCAUCUUGGUCUCUACACUAAAUGUUUAGAGGACAUCCAGCAGGCCUUUGAUGAAGGUUACCCAAGUUACCUGCAGAGGAAACUGAUGGACAGACAGUUACGGUGUACAAGUCUUGUUAAAAUGCAGGAAUUUCAGAAAGUAACUCCUAAGCAUCAGACACCACAAACUAAAAAGAAUAAGGGUGUUAAUGCCAGAAUGUCACCUGCAGUAUCUGUUAAUUUUGCUCCUGAAAAGGGGCGCUACCUGUUGGCCACUGAGAACAAGUCAGCAGGGGAAAUAAUGGUUGAAGAUGAAGCAUUCAGUUUUGUUCUUAUACCCGUCAAGAAAGAGUACAAAAAGACUAUCCAAGCCAGCAUAUUCACAAGUGAGCCUAUGCACUGCCAUCACUGUUUGUCUGAGAAUAUUUACUCUGUGCCAUGUCGGAGCUGCAGUUAUGCCAGAUACUGUAAACAGAGCUGUGAAAUGGAGGCAUGGGACCAGUACCACUGCUGGGAGUGUCCUCUUGGUUCAGAGUUACUGACUCUUGGGUUGUUUGCACACUUGGCCCUGCGAGUGACCCUAAAAGCUGGGAUAAAGGAAGUCCAGAGAGCAAGAAAGAUUUUUUUAAAUUUGGUUAAUGAACUGCCAAAAGCAACCUUUGUCAGAAGUGAUGGGAAGUCUUGCUCAAGUAGUGAAACAUCUGACAGUCUUGGCUUGGUGUCAGAAAUGAAUGUAGGAGCACCUCUGAUUUCUAACCAGUGCUUUAAAGGCUCUAAUUAUUCAAGCUGUUAUUAUGGGAAGUCAUACCUGGGCAUCUAUAGUCUGUUAACACAUGUGGAGAAACAUAGCCAUAAUCUGUGCUUCCUGUUAGCUCUAACCAUGGCAGCAAUCAGUCAGAGAAUUGCACAAGAAGAGAUCUCAUGCCAUGAUCAUGAAGAAGGGCAUGUGUGUUGGUGUUCUGAGAAGAGUCUGCUAGGAGCUACAGCUCUGAGGCACAUGUUGCAACUCACAUGUAAUGCACAGGCUGUGACAGCAAUCAAAGUCAAAGAGGACACCAGCCUACCAGUGCAGUCCAGUAAAGAAUUACGCAUUGCCACUGCAGUGUUCCCCAUCCUCAGUUUGCUCAACCACGCCUGUCAGCCUAACACGAGUAUCUCCUUCAGUCUGGGCCUCCGUUCAUCUGGCUCUAGUAGUCCUGAGUAUUUUUCUUCUGGACUUAAAGUAACAGUCCGUGCUUGCAGAGACAUUGCUGCAGGGCAGGAGCUGUUACACUGUUACGGUCCUCACAGUAGCAGAUUGGAUGUUGAAAAGCGCCAGUGCCUGCUGCUGAUGCAGUACUUCUUCCAGUGUCAAUGUGAGGAUUGCAAGCUGGAACUAGCUCAUAAAAGCAAGAUAUUACCAUUAACUUUUAAUGGACUUAAGUGUGAAAAAUGUGGAAACUUCCUUGAGAUGAGUGUGGACAUGCAUGUAUGUUCACACUGUGAUCACCGCAUCUUAAAUACGGAGCUGCAGAAAAGGAUGCAAAUACUACAGCACCAGCUGAAGCAAGCUGUAGAACUCAUGGAGAACAAUCAAAUAAAUGGUGCCCUAAGUAUCUUGCAUAAAGCAACCACUCUAGCAGACAGUUUCCUAAUGAAGGUGCACACUCUGCAGGGUGAAUUAGCUGAUGCAACGGCACGAGCAUAUGCUACCAUGGGGCUUUGGAGGAAGGCUGCAUCACAUCUAAAAUACAGUAUUGAUGCCAUUUGUUCCCAGUAUGGUAAAGACAGUGUGGAGCUUGGGAGACAGCAGCAUAAACUUGCCCAGCUACAUUUCAAUGGAGGGGAUGGGCUAUCUGCUCUUUCAGUAAUACCUUUAGCCCGACGCCUCCUUACCCUCCACUGUGAUCCUCACUGUACAGAGCUGCAGGAGCUUCAGGCCAUGGAGGCCUGCCUCAUGAGCACAAUGUGAUGUUAGUCUGUCCUCUGUUCUUAAUCAACUGACAGUAAUGCUUUUAUACACACUGUAAAAAUUGCAUAUUUUUGUUUUACCAGUAGGCUCUUUAUACAAUAGAAUGUUCUGGAAUGUUUGUUUUAUUAACUAUUAUUAGGUCUAGCAUAAUUGUACCAACACCCUAAUUAGCAGUAAUUUGUCAAUGGAUUAAGCAAUAAAAAAAGCUCUACUUCUUCUGUAAAUGAAA